AUGGCUCCCAGCCCCACGCCGCCACCCCACAUCGUGUACAACCCAAACCAGCACAUGCUUACCUACACUGGCUUCUGCCCUUCAGGACAGACUCUGCCCGCCUACCCCAACUACCCAAUGCCCAUGCAGCAUAACAGCAGCUAUCAGCCACCUGCUACUCCCCAGAUAAUCCCCGAAGGAGGCCCUGCCUCCAACCCCUGCCCGUCUGAGGAGAACCAGAACCAGCAGCCCUCUCAGGCUCCCACCCAGCCGCUGCCUCAGGGAGCCACCCAGGAGCCGGGGGGCUACAUGCUGUCACCCAACGCUCCUGUUCUCUACGGAUCCACCUACAGCCCCUUUGAGAAACCGCCGCCUUAUGCCUGCUGA